AUGCGGACCGUCGCCACGCCGGUGUCAUCUGCCCGCUGCGAGGCCGGGGCCAGAGAGGAGUCAAAAGAGUUUCUCUUGGCGGCAAGCUCGCCACGGCGGGGUUGCUGGUCGACUGUGGGCCUUUACAUCCGCAACGUAUUGGGGCGGCUUGUGCGGUCAUACCGGAUGCAGUCCCACCUGGGGCUUGUCCUUGCCCUCGCCUACCAUCUCUUGCACCUCUUCCUGCUUGCCGCCGCCGUCGCGGCGCCCCUCACCGCACGGUCACUACUCUUCCGGGAUGAGGAUAACGCGGACUACGCACUCACGGCCAACGACGCAAACGGAACGCGGGGCGUUGGCGUCUGGACGGUGGAUGUCUUUAAUUUUACACGAAGCGAGCUGCAACCAGGGCACCUUGCCCCGUUGCAGCUCCAGUAUGAGGCGAGGCUGCCUACAACGAACCCCACGUCUGGGGACUUUCUGCGUAUGUGGGGGGCCUCUCCGCUAUGGUUGCUGACGUAUUACUACUUUUACCUGAUUGGUUUCUUCUGCGUCGUCGCUUUGCUAACGUGCGGUCGGCUUAACGGAUACAUCGCUCUGCUGCAGCUCAUAUUCGGUGGCUUAGAAUUGCUCUGGUACGUUCAGCACACCUCUUCCUUUGCAUUGUUUUUCUGGCUCGCUGCACUAUCCCCACAGUUCCCAUAUCCGUGGGUGCCGUUUGCCAAGCGACACCCGGGCGGAAGCGUCACGUUUCACGUGUUCAAUCGAAGUGGUGUGGAGACCAUGUCGCCGCCUCAGCAGAUGGAGUUGACCCCAGCGGAGCACAUGCUUCCCUACGCCGCCACGCUGGAGACAACUAUCUUCUGUACCACUGUCAUUUUUCUUGUCAUUAUCACCAUGCUUUUCGUACUGAGCCUUCAACGGGUGUUGGACGCCAUCGUCGGUGUUCGCAUGCUCGCCGUCACCGAUGGAUGCCGGCGCUGCCCUCUCUGCGGGGAGGAGUGGGAAAUCUCGACCGAGACCGCAGAGAGGCGUGGGCGUGUGAACGAUAAUACUCGCACUGAGAAGGGAACGACAGACAGGACGCUUGUUGGUACCGCAAUUGCGACGGCGAUGCCGCUGCCUGUUCUUCCGCGGCCGGCGGAGCGUCAUCGCUGUCGCAGGCUUUUCAAUGACAUGGAAACCGGCAGCGGUGUCUUGGACACAACGGGCUGCGGUUCCGCUGAACUUGGGCCCUUCUCUACCGACGACGACGACGACGGCGAUGACGAGGAGGAGGUGGGGUGGGCUCAGCAGAUUGGGGCUACCCGUGCUUGCAUGCCGCUCACCAACCCCGGCAAGGCGCUUCUGCAGAAGCCGCGGAAGCGAAGACGAAAUCGCAGCAUGGUGCCGUCGUACGGUACAAUGCUGACCAACGAACCCGAAGAGGAGCGCCCGCCGUAUGAUCCCCUUUACGAUGGAAAAGACGAGUUCCGCCCUGGCAACGCGUUCCCAUCGUUUGAGGAUGCUGGCUGGAUGGCGCGGUGGACGUACAAUUGGCUUACCCCCCUGAUGAACUUUGGCGCUAUUGACGUUGAGGUGCUGCAUCAUGAGCGCUUCCUUCCUUCCCUUCCAGAGGAGUUUACGUCGCUGCACAACAUCGUCACACCGGCGUGGCAGCUCUGGGUAAACCGUUGGCAGUGGUUUGGUAAGGCACAGGAGGGAUAUGACAGAGAGGGCCCCGACAUCAGCGGCGCACAUGGUGAGGCCGGCGAUGGCAGCUCCGACGAUGGGACCUUUAUCACUAUUCGUCAGCGUCGCCCGUUGACGGAGGCAAAGCUGCGGCCAAGGCGACCGAGGCGUUCUUUGUGGAUGGUGUUUUCCUUUUUUUAA